ACUUUGUUAUCAGCAUUUCACGAAAUAGCUAACAAAGAAACACGUUACCUGACGUAAAUCUACUUCCAACUGAAUGGAAUAUACGUAAACUUAUUAUUCGCAACAUUUAAAGCGGUCUUUUUGUGGAUCUUAUUUUAUUAAUAUAGAUGGUUUAUAUCUUUACUUUACUGUCAUAAUCUCGAUUUAGUAACGCUCAUUAUUGAUUCUCCUUCAUCUUGUUUGAAUGAGAUUAUACAAAAAUGGCUUUUACAAAAAAGGAGAGAAGCUAUAAUUCGCUUCAGAAAGGAAUUAGAAACGGAUUAAUAAUCCUUAAAAUAGAGGUAGAAGGUGUUACGGACAUAGAUGAAAACGCGCUUCCAGAUACCACUUCUGAGAACGAUUCUUGUUUGUACAUAAAACUAAAGUACAAAAAAUACCGAGCCGUAAUCGAAAAUGUUCAGACGAAUAAAAUUGUCAAUAAUAAUUCUUUAAUGACUCUAAAUAUGCCCCUUCCAACAGACUACCAAGACCUCGAAUUCCAUUUAUGCUUCAGUUGCAAACAGAAACGAAGGAAGUACACACUGGGAGAAUCACUUAUAAGAUUGGAUCAUCUACUAAGGAUGGUUUCACAAGAGAGUCAACAAUGCCCCAUAUAUCCACCUCUGAAAAGCAGUUCGCUAAAGUCUUCCGAGAGUUUGCAGGUAAAACCCUUAGGAACAUUCCGAUUGAAAUACAGCCUUUAUGACCCUAGGAAUCCAGAAGCAGAUUCUGCUAGUCUUGCUCAAGCUUGGGUAGAAGAUGUAGAGAAGCAGUUAUCUUCCGAAAACGCAGAUGAGCAGUCAAAUAGCAUUUCGAAAUCAUUAGAAAAAAUUGAAUUAAAUAACAUCGAGUCUGAUUUAGAAGAUUCUAGUUUCUUGGCCGAGUCUGAAUCCAAUUUACCUGAGAGCGACUCUUUUUAUCCCGUGGACGACUCGGGUAUGGAGGAGACGUAUGAAGUAAAACCAAAAGUAAAGAAGCAGUUAAAACAGCCCUUUAGCAUUACCAGAAAUCAAGUUACGGAUCUGUUAGGAUUUACCUUUGUGGAAAUUGAUUCCAUUUCUAAUUUACCUCCCUUAAAAAAUGUUUUUCAUACCGGAUUUGACAUGGACCCAUUCGUGAUCAUGUCCUUUUCAAAAAAUACUUUCCGUACAAAAAGGGUCAGGCAUAACCUGAAUCCCGUUUAUAAUCAAAAAUUUCUAUUUGAAGUGGGUACAUUAGAAAAAAAUUAUGAUAUUAUUUUUAAAGUCAUUGAUCAUGACAAAAUAUCCUUAAAUGAUUCAGUUGGAGCAUGCUCUGUUGAUAUACAGAGCAUUAUUAACGCUUCUGCUCAGCCUGAUCCUGACACCGGACUUUAUAAACUUAAUGAUGGAGGUGAAGCUUAUGAAAAAAGUGAGGUUCCCAAAGAAAAUUAUCCACAGCCAAUUGAGAAACUUGUGGACGAUUUCUCAUCUGCUGUCGAAAAUAAUUUGGAGACAGAUGUUGUCACCAAAAGUAUACCUCUUAAACUGUUUUGUAAAGAUCCUCGACCAGAAACAGAACCCGCCGUACUUACUUUUCGAGCUAUAUUUUUCCCUUUUGCUGCGGUUCGUCAGAAGUUUUGGAGAGUCAUGCUAUCUCAAUACGGAGAGGUUGAAAAUGGGCAAGUUUCAAAGCUAGGCAUGUACGCUGUAUUGGAUUCUUUGGGGUCAAACGUACCAGCUGCCAUCAUUGAUUCUUUGUUUGAAGAUAUACUACAUAAAUAUUCAGAUAAGGAUGAGGAAGCAAUCAGCCUUGAUGAAGCUGUUAUAUGUCUUGAAAAAUUAACAUACCUCAUCUAUAAUCGGGAAUCGAGUCAUUCAAUACACCGGUCAAGUUCUUCACGGCUUGACAGCAGUGGUCAAUCAACUCCAGUCCAAAGUUCUGAGAUAUCCGAAGACUCAGAUGCAGUAGACACUAAUACCAACGAGUUGGUUCUGGUCUGUUUACAUAAGUGCCCCUUAUGUAUGAAAUGUGAGCUAGACAAAAUGGACCAAUACCGAGCUACUGUUCAUCUUGCAACUUGUGCUAGCCAUGACUGGAAACGUGUGAAUAGGUUAAUGAUGUCCAAUUAUCUCACCUUGAACCAAGCUCAAAGAAAGUGGUUUACCAAGGUCUUUAGCAAGGUAGCAUAUGGAUCGCAUAAGCUAGGAUCGACUUCAGCAAAAACAUUGGUGCGAAAUCGUAAGACAGGGCAGAUAGUGGAAGAAAAAAUGAACGCUUAUGUUCGGGUUGGUAUACGCUUGUUAUAUCGGGGUAUACGAAAUCGGCGAAUGGAAGGAACACGAGUUCGAAAAUUAUUGCGAUCGUUGACGAUCAGACAAGGAAUAAAGUAUGAUUCUCCAUUAUCAACAAAAGAUAUUGUUCCCUUUAUUAAAUUUUUUGAUUUGAAUACUGAUGAAAUGGAAAAACCGGUUAAUGAAUAUAGAACCUUUAAUGAGUUUUUUUAUAGAAGAUUGAAGCCAGGCGCGAGACCCCUGGCUUCGCCAGAGGAUUCAAAUAUCCUUGUUUCGGCAGCUGAUAGUCGAUUGACCGUCUACGACAAAAUUAGUAGUGCUAGAACCUAUUGGAUUAAAGGAUCGGAAUUUUCUGUAGCUCGUCUACUUGGACCAGAAUACGAAAAAGAAGCAUCUCAAUAUACGGAAGGAUCCAUUUGUAUAUUUCGUUUGGCUCCCCAAGAUUACCAUAGGUUUCAUUCUCCGUUAGACGGCAAGGUUGGAAAACUUAGUGCCAUUGACGGCCAAUACUAUACUGUCAACCCUAUGGCUGUCCGAUCGUCCUUGGAUGUUCUUGGUGAAAAUGCCAGAACCGUUAUGCCUAUUGAAUCCCCUCAGUUUGGUCGGGUUAUGUAUGUUUGUAUAGGCGCUAUGAUGGUUGGUAGCAUCCAACAUACCGUUGGCGAAGGCCAAGAGGUGAGACGCGGGGACGAACUGGGUUAUUUUAAGUAUGGCGGCAGUACAAUCGUAAUGUUUCUAAAAGAAAAUCAGGUAAUAUUUGACGAUGACAUUUUGCAAAGUUCGGUAGAAACGACUGAAACAUUGAUUAGAAUGGGAGAAAACAUUGGAAAAGCUUCCGGGCAAUCGUUGGCUAAAACAGAAAAUUGAGAUGUAAUUCUAUUUGUUUUGACUUUAUGUCGAUAAAAUCUUGAGAAAAUUGAAUAACGAUUUCCUCUACUAAACCUUUAUCAUUUUUGUUUUAUUUAUGUUAAUUUUGAAUAUAUCAUUUCGGGCAUCUUGAAGAACACAACCGGUAGAUUAUGAUUAGUGUAUGUGUGUUUAAUUUAUAUUCUGCAUCGUUGGAA